UCUGUGGAUGAGAGCUUUGUCACGCAUUCCCUAGUCCUGUAGAAGAGAGCGCCGUUUUCUCCGGGACGUCCUAUACCAACGAUCGAUGAUCAGUGUCGGGACAAACACGGAGAAAAGGAGGGCGGUUGUAAACCUACUGGUUUUAGUUCGGCCUUGGCCAUGGAGCAAAGUUUGCAUAUAAUUCAGAAGCCAACUGGAACUACUGACGACAAAGUUCUAGAUGAUCCUGUGUUGAGCUUAGCCAUGGGAAAUGGAGAGUAUCCGGAACAAACAAUAGCACUCGACAAGAUACGGUUAGUGAAACCCUAUCUUAAAAAGAAGCAUGCACAGAGAAAACUGGACGCUAAGUGUUUGCGAGCACUGAAGGAUCCUAUUUUGACCACGUUAUUGAACACAGACGCACUUGUAGCCGGAGACGAUGUGUUUAUCCCCAGAAGGGAACAAACACAAGAGAGCCACCAGAGAAACUUAUGUACUGCUGCCGUGGAGAAACAGCCCCGGAUCGGCCAGGUGUGCCUGAAAGACGAAGGCGCAGUGUCGGGGCUGAUUGCAGGCGAAGCUGCAACUGAGACGGCCGAACAAGCUGUGGAGCUGGUUGAGAAUGAGCAGAAGGUGACGAAUAUUCAGCGGGUGACAAUGGACGCUAAUGAGCACAGUUUCCAGCCCCAGGGGCGCGACGUGGCGGCGCCCACCCUGGUCGCUUCCACAUGCGAGGGGGAUAAGAUGAGUGACAUCUACACUUCUGAGAGCUUACUGGGAGCAAAUUGCCUUUCUAUAAAAGACCACUCGCGCCAGGGCGAGAUCUUUCAGGAUAAAAGCGAAGAGGCAUCUUUGAAUCUAGUGUUUGAACUCCUCACUCAGCUACAGUAUCACACACAUCAAGGCGACGGGAUAUCGAUCUGCGUGGAUUUUCUCCAGGGCGUCUGCGAAUACGGCAGUGACUGUGCGCAGCACCACACUGUGUUACCAUAUCACUGGCAAAUCCGUAGGGUAGACACACAGAUUUGGCAAAGUAUAUCGGAUGACUCACAGGAACAACUGGAACGGCUCUAUUGCAAUCCGGACAAUGAGCAAGUCAGGCUUAAAUUCAUGGGUCGAGUCUUCACACUAGACUUCAGCGUCAUGCAAGUGUGUGACCUGGAGUUCGACCUGGUCCGAAGACUGUCCACACCUACGGCAUCCACAGCCACAUCCUCAAAUGGAAACCACACUUCGAACUGCCAGACAGUGUGGAAGUACUAUUGCCGAGACAACUUUGGCUGGAGGGAGUACUCUGAGCCAGUGGUGAGGUUAAUAGAAGAGGCAAGUGGGCGUGGUCUGAAGGAAGUGCGCUUUAUCACACUGCAGAACCAGUACAUCUUAAAUAUCCGAGAGGGCUUCCAGCAGAACGCCAUUUUUGGUUUUCGACGGCAAAUCAAGAAAAGGCCCCUCUUCAUGUCGGCCAUCCUGCUCACACCACACCUCCAGACCCUGGGCGGUCUGCCCUCAGCAUUCCUGUCCUCACUGGAAAUGACCUUCCUGUCAACCAUGGAGACGUCCACACCUCCUCCACCCCUCUCCUCUGCCAGCCCCACGCCGUCACGAGCCUUCCCCGAGACCUGGCUACCCAUGGACCACACUCAGGAUUUCCUCCAGGUGCCCAUGUCCCGGGAUGACCGCAGCUACCGCACUGUCUACAGCCUCUUCCACAAAACCGUCUCCGAGACCAAGUUCCGCAUCCUAAAGAUCCUCCGGGUCCAGAACCCCUUCCUUUGGGAGAAGUACCAAAGGAAGAGAGAGUAUAUGGGCCGUCGCAUGUCUGAGUCGGAGAGACUUCUGAACGAACGCCACCUCUUCCACGGUACAUCACAGGACGUUGUGGAUGGCAUCUGCAAACAUAACUUUGACCCACGUGUUUGUGGCAAGCAUGCCACCAUGUUCGGACAGGGCAGCUACUUCGCACGCAAGGCUGUCUACUCACACAACUUCUCCAAGCGAUCACCCAGGGGCAUCCACUACAUGUUCCUUGCCAAGGUACUGACGGGCAAGUUUACAGUGGGCAACCCAUCCAUGCGCAGACCCCCUCCAUUCAGCCCCCGCGACCCCUCUAGUGACCUGUUCGACUCCUGUGUGGAUAACUGGAUGGACCCCCAAAUCUUUGUCAUCUUCAACGACGACCAAAGUUACCCAUAUUUCAUCAUUCAAUAUGAGGAAGUGCCUACCACAGUGACCAUCUGAGACACACACACACGCCCUGCUUUAGGAACGGGGCUCUUUCCCAUACUAGAGUACUGCAGUGUGAGCCAGGUCACUUUGUCUUCUAGGAACAGUGAGCUGAGUGGAAUUGAAGAAAAAAACAUGUCACAGAGGGC